GGCUAUGCUGAAGAUAAUGCAGGGCGCCACCAGCAACCCUCGAUGUGCGAUGUUCUCCACCGCACGCUGCAGUGUCCUCCCCGUCCACCCACAGCCGCGCGUCGCCGUCCCCGUGCCACGCCGGCGCGCGCGGGCGCUUACCGCCGUCUCGGCGAGGCCGCGCCGCGGAGGCGCGCGCCGGGACCGCUCGUGGGACGACGACGGAAGCGGCGGGAGCGGCGACGAGGACGGCAUCGACGAGAGCUUCUUCGGGGACGCGCGUGACGAGGAGGAAGACGAGCCGGAGGAGGAGGAGGAGUCGCCGCCGCCUUUGGGGCCGGGGCGACGGGCGGCCGGCUCGCCGGAGUCGCCCGGGGGGCAGCUGCGCGGGUCGGACGUGCUGCGGGCGCUGCAGCGGGCGGCCGCGGCGAAGGAGGCCAAGAAGAAGAGCAAGCGGAGUGCGGGCGCCGCGCGGCCGGCGGCGCGGCGGCAGGGGAAGGGCGGCGGCGCGAAGGCCGCGGAUGAGGUCGUGGCGGGGGAGGCGAGGCCGAUAGAGAUAAGGCGCGAGUGGGCGCCGAGGAUCCGGGAGCUGGAGCUCAGGGUGCAGCAGCUCCUCCACAAACACCAGUAGGAUUAAAGAGCUUUGUUGGUUAUCAUGGCUCGUAGUUUGUCGAGCGACUAAUCCAUGAUUGCGCCGGCGAAGAAGCGUGCUUUGAAUCUGUUGAAUUUUGAUUCUUGGAUGUAUAUGCACUCCCUUCUGAUUCUGAUUUUUUUUAGUUUUGAAAA